UGAAGGAAGAGAAGAAGGGUUGGAAAUUGAAAGGGCUUUUUAAAAGUUUGCUUCUUUUGUUGGUUCUAGUACUCUUUACCUCACAUAUAUCUACUAUGAACCAUCAAACAGUCUUUGAAGGCAUUCAAGAUGAUGGGUGCAUUCAGAACCAUACACUUGAAGCUGCUUUAUUGAAGAAACUUGAAAGUGGAGGUAUGCUUUGGGAUGAAAAAGAAGAAAGACACAUGGGUUUGGUGGAAAUAGGGGUUGAGGAGGGAAAGUUGGUUGAAUUUGAGAGUGGAAGUGAAGUUAUGGGUCAAGGAGAAGAAGAAACACGAAUGGAUUCAUUGGAAGAAGUGUUAGAGCUAAAAGAUGAAGAAAUUGAAGCUAUGGAAGUGACAGAACAAGAAGAGAAUGGAGUAAUGGAUGAGUUUGGUGAAAAACAAGUUGAAGAUAUUGACGAAACUUUUGAUCAAAUGGCUGAGAAUUCUGAUCAGAUACCUGGUGAGGUUGAUCACCUCAAUCUAGUGUCUGAUGUUUCAAAUGAUCUUGAAGAAGAAGGUGAGGUUGCAGUGGAGCAAACUGAUGGAAUGGUGGAGAAUAAAAUGGAGGGAGGACUAGAAGAAUAUUUCACGAACAUGAUAGCUGAACAUGUGUCAAAGACCAUGGAUAAUGACGAUGAUGCAGGCUUUGAUGAGAUUCUCAAGUUAGAAGCAGAAGGGAACUGGAGGGAGGAGCUAAUCACCCACAUGAAAUUGAAAACAUUUUAUACAGCUCUUGUUGGGGUUUCCAUAUUUUCUGUGAUUGUUGCAUCUCUGGUGUUGGCUUUUCGCUUUAAGCAAAGGAAUGGUACAAAAAAGGGUUCUUCUGUAAUUGAAAAUCCUUGUGCCAAACGUCUGAUAAUAGAGCAGAAGAAAAUCAACGAGAAGGUUUCUUCUCUGCCCUUGAAGCCGUAUUCAGAAACUGUGAUAGCAGAGAAAUACAAGCCAGUACUUCCCAAUAGGGUAGAAGACAGCAGCAUUGAGCAUGUUUACUCUUCUUUCAGAAGGAUGUCUUUGUCUUCUAAGCAUUCAACUGAAGCAGCUUCUGAAGAUAAUUACCAUAGCCAGGCACCAGCAGUCGAAUUGCUUGGUGAAUUUGUGGUUGGAGAGGUCAGCAGCUCAUUAAGGACUUGUAGUAUGAAAAACAAGAUCACAGAAAGUGAAGAAAGCAACUAUUCUGUUUCUUCAAAGAAGAAAUUGGGGAGCAAGGUUCAGUCUGUUUCUUUUCAAGUGCAUCCGACUGCGUCAGAGUUUUCUUCCAUGGAUUGCCCUUCAAAUGGAAGCUAUAUUACUCCUCAGAAGAUCAUAAAGAAAAAGGAGGGUGGAAAAGAUGAAGAAGUUACAACUCCGCUGAGACGAUCAAGCAGAAUUCGCAACCGAACAGUCAUGUCUCCAUGAAUCUUCUGGCCUUAAAUCUUAUGUUCUGGCUUGCACCAUAACACACAGCUGCUAUGUUGUUUCCUAGUUCAGCAUUCUUCCACUGAAGAGUGUCUGGAGAAUUUUGGCUGUGUGAUGCCAAUUAGUGUAGAGAAACUGAUUUGUUUUCAAUUUGUCUGUAGUGUAGGGCACUCAUUCUUCAUUUGUAUUUCUAGAUUAUCAGAA